AUGACUGAUGAUUUAGGAAAUGCUGGAAAAUUUCUUACUAGUAUUCCUGCUUCAGAGAUCAAUUCCAAGGCUGGUUCGUGUCCACGACCGUUAGGUAUUUCCGUCCUUCAGGACGCCAACAUAGGCUGUUGGAUGGACAGCAACUGUCCUGGAAUACAGAAAUGUUGCGUAGAGCCAAAUCCAGUAACUAACUCGGCUACAAGAAUUUGCCGCGAUCCUGUUGGGAUUCGAAGCACAUCGUUAUGUUCGCUACCAUUAAUGGUUGGCUCAUGCACUGCACCUGUGACUCGGUUCUACUAUGAUGCAUCGUCGGGAACGUGUCAACGUUUCACAUAUUCCGGAUGUGGAGGAAAUGCUAAUAAUUUCCAGUCGCUGGCAAGUUGCCAAGCUACCUGCGGUUCUUCGGGUAUGAUUUGUAGUUUUAUUAAGCACGUCUCAGUUAAUUUGCUUUGGGAUUCGGUUCGCAUAUGUGUAACCGGCACUCCACAGUGCCCAGCGGAUGCAAAUGCUGGACUCAAUUGUCUAUUUGCACAUGCUGAUGCAUGUAACACAAGUAGUGACUGCCUCGGACGUGAAAACACUGUGCAACCAUCAUGCUGUAUGACAACAUGUGGUUAUAGAAUUUGCUAUCAGUACUAG